AUGUCAUACAACUAUGUUCCACUCCCUGUCCCAUUGAUCAACCUCAUCAAGACCUAUGACAUUUCAGCAGCCCCAUGGAUGAAAUCCCAAAGGGUCAAUUUGGUGACCUCUCAUUUUCAGCAGUUUGACGACAAUUUCAAGGUACGCAUGUCGUCUCCAAGUGUUUUGGAUGCCCAGUUUGUAUCAUUUCACAAGGAAGCUUCACCAGAAUAUGCUGUCUAUGAAGAUUUUAUCCAUCUGCAUAUGGAUAAGGACAGACGACCCACAGUUUUCUUUGAAAUGUACAUUCAUCAGGCCUUGGUGACAGACAUUGAUCCAGUGACCGUGACCUUGGAUCAUCAAUCGCUCCUUCUGCCGUGGGACACAGAAGAUAGGACUAGCCAAAGCACCACCCCUUGGUGUGUUGAACAGUUUGCUGGAGGCUUUGGAGGAUGGGCCUUUGGUUUAGCUUUCUUGCACCGAGCGGGAUUUCCGAAGUAUCAUGUCCUCAGUGUGGAAGCCGAAUUGUCGUAUGCCACCCAAUACGCCUUGUCACAUGCAAGUAACAUGGUAGGAGACCCAGCAGGUAUGCCUGAACAGUUUUUGCUCCACAUGCAAGAAGAUGUCAUGGUUUGCGGGAACAUCCAAGAAAUGCAUUGGCAAAAGCUUCUUCAACAUGUUUAUGCUUCAUUGUGGUGUAUUUCUGCUCCAUGCAAGUCCUGGAGUUUUGCUGGAAGCCAAGAAGGCUUCUCCAACCAAGAUGGAUUGACGUUGGCCCAUGCCAUUGCGCACUGUAGGAUUCACCAGCCGAAAUAUGCCAUGAUUGAACAGGUAGCAGGGUUUGAAAGCCACAUGCACUUCCCAAUUGCCAUGCGUUUGAUGCAAUGGGCGGGAUAUGAACCGGUUUUGCAAGGAGUUUUUGACCUGGGAAAUCUCACACCUUGCAGACGCACUAGGUGGUUAGGAGUUUUUGCACAUCAUGCAUGCACACAGCCUCAUAUGCAGCCGCAGAAAUGGCCCACCAAUUCCACCACAACACGGCAGUAUGACAUGAUUCUCAACCUGUCCCAUCAGCAGUGCCGUGAAUUCGAACCAACCGUCCAGCAGGCAGCCUUCUACUUUGAUGCCAAUUUCAUGCCUGGAAAGAACACUUGGCCAUCUGGAGCAUUUUUCUCUCACCAGGAAGGUUUGAUGCCGAUGCAAUUUUACAGCCCAGAGCUCACCCAAGAGCUUGAGAUUGCUGCCAGAAACCGCAUCCCAAACACGCAAGUGGAUUCACCAGAUCAAACGGGAGAAUUUUUGCAGGUUGCCCCAAUUUUGAUUCCAGGCGAAUAUGGGAAAUUGCGUAUCCACAAAGAUGUCACCUUGCUCACUUUGCUGCGAUUGUGGAACUACCAGAUUGGUCCUGAUUUCCCGAUUUCCCAUCAAGACUUGGAGUGUUCAAUUAUGCAAUUGUUCUCCGAAUCACAUGUCAUGCUCAUGCCUCUUGCUCCAGAGAUCCAGGAGAUGCUGACACAAACAGCCCUUGCACGACCUGAUGCAAACACAAUCAUCUUGCACCGAUCCAGCACUGAUUUGAGCAUGUAUGAAGUUGCUCAUGGAAAGACAUGGCGCAUGGUGAAGCAGACCUUUCCAGACCUUCAAUCAGCCCAAUAUGAAUUGUUUGGAGAUUUGCAGGAAUCCACUCUUUUCACGAGGGACACAGAGAUCCAUGAUCAGGUUGCACCCUUUCAGGUGCCAGCACUUGCACAGACAGUUCUGAGGCAAUUGCACGAUGUAACCUUUGAAGUGGUUUGUCCUCCGAAAACUGAUAUCCUGAUUCUCCAUUGCGAAGGAUCCCAGCAAGCCCGUGAAGCAUUCCUUCAGUUUUGGGGCACGGAAGACCACCGCCGAUGGAUGUUGCAAGUAGGAAGGCAAAUGAAUUACCAGUCCAUUGAUGAUCGUACCUGGAGGGUGUUUUUUCGACCGGCACUUCCGGAAGCAGCCAUGCCAAUUGCGAUUUUUCGUGAUGCACUGUUUUGGAAUGCUGUUCGCACUCUUUUCAUGUCCAUGCACACUGCAGAGGGUCUUCCAGUCAAGAUCAAACUGUUUGGUCGUACGCUCUGUCAGGUGUCCCUGAGCUUUGAUUUAGCUUGUGAGACCUUUUUGCUGGCCCUUCAGCACAUCCGACAGUUGCAUCCCAGAAGAGGCAAUCCGAGCCUUCAUGCAUCCGGAAAACGCUGUGGGGACAUUUGCACCAUCCGAGACAUCCACAGCCGACUCACUGGCACAUCAACAAUGGACUUUCACAAAUUGGUGCAAUCUGAAGUUGCCAACCGAUUUCUUCAGUAUGGUUUGGAUUUGCCUCAAGUAACAGAUUCCACUUCCAAGUUGAUUGAAAAGGUAGGCCUUGCCAGACUUCAUCAUAUGAUCCAUGAAGAAUCACAGCCUGAAAAGGAACAAAGCUUUCGACGAUUGUGCGAGUCGGCAAGCAUUGCCCUGCCGAAGCAUGGCCCUAGGAUGCAUCUGGUUUCAGGUAAGUACCAGAAGCUUCGAUCACAGCGAACCCAUGCAGCGACAGCCAAGAUCGACCCAGCAAAGUAUCAGCUGACUGAAGGUUUUUUCGUCAAUGCUGACAAAACUCCUACGCCAAUUUUGAGUCAAUUUUCAUGGCAGAGCACAGGGGUUGUUCUUUUGACAGCCGAACAGGCACUUCCAAUCAUGACCAUUGCUACCGCAACUGUUCCAGAUGAACUUGCCAUUUAUGUGCCAGGUGAUUUUGCAGUCCCCGCCAAAUUUCAUCAUUUCCACACCAAUGCACCAGCAGUUGAUGAUCUUGGGCGCCAAGUCCUGCUUACAGGCCAACUCAUCCAGUUUGGAUCAAGACAUAUUCAGACCAAUGUCCUUCCUGACCAAAUCACUACCAAGGAAGUCCAAGUCCUAGCAGUGACUUUGUGGAAAGAGGAUUUUGACCCCCCUACAUGGGAGCGUAUCAAGUCGGCCCCAGUGAAAACGACCAGAGAUUUGCUAAUGUUGGAGGGCUAUGGGGAAUUGAUGUCAAAGCCAUGGGGCCGAGCCUAUAGGGCUAAGGGCAAACCAGUGCCUCCGGAACACGCUGAGUCGAUCCAGUUCCAUGCAGAGUUCCAACGUUGUCCCCGCCUGAAUGCAUUGCUUCGGAUUUCCGGUUUCAAUAGAAUAUAUUUGACUCCAAAAUUGGCUGAUGGACAAAUUGAUUCUGCCUGGAAAGUGAUAUGGAUUCAGGGGACGUCACAACACAUCGAAAGCCUCUCUGCUCAGAUUGAUGGAGCCGCUGGACUUCUGCGCAGUACCAAGUCAUUUGGACUUCGGGUUGAAGCAGGAUCUUUUGCCACAGCCUGGUUACGCCUCAAACCUGACCAAGAAGCACCAGAUGUCAGACAGCGCAAGCAUACAUUCCGACUUCAACCUCUGCCUGUGGGCACAGACAAAGACAUUUUGGCCAAAUGGGCAGCUCAGGUGCAAUGGGACAUUCGCCCGCUCCGAUCCAUUGGAGCCAAGACAUGGCUGGUUGCAGCCGAUGAGCCACCACCGCCAUUGCUUUGCUUCAAUACCCAACCAUUGCUGGUUCAAAAGGUCACCCAAAAGACCAUGCACAACUCAGGUGAUAUCAUUGCGGGCCCACGACAACCCCCGGCGACCAAGCCAGGGGCGCAGACGGCACAUCCCAAGCUAAAUGUUUUCUUUGAAGGAGAUCCCCACAUGGACCCUUGGGCACCCGAGAAGAAAGAGCAUUUAGAAUCAAAACUCACAGGUAGUGAAGCUGCAGUCUCAGCACCUAGCCGAUCCUUGCCGGGCCCUGUUAGCGAUCAGUUCCAACAACAAGGCAGCCGACUUCAAGCGCUUGAAACAGCAGUUGCGAAGCUUCAUGAAGACCAAUUGAAGUUUGCCUCAACUACUGACCAAAAGAUUUCGCAGGUUUCUGACCAACUCCACAAGCACAUGGGAGACACCAAGAAUAGCAUUGAGCAUUUGCACAAGGAACAGCUCAGCAUGACACAAUCCAUCGCCCAAGCCCUGCAGAGACAAGAUGACAGACUUGCUUCAAGCAUGGAUGAAUUGAAGUUCUUGUUCUUGCAGACCAGAGGAAUCAAGCGCAAUAAUAACGGAGAGCUGGACGAACCAGACGAGUCAUUGGAGUGA